AGGGCGCGGGGCGCUCGGCUUCCCGGGUCUCUCUCCCCGCUCUGGCCCCGAGGGGCGAGAAGAGGCGGGGGCUCCCUGUGUGCCCCCAGACGCCGCUGCCCGGCUCGCCGGCGGGGUGCGGGUCCUCGGAGGCGGUGCCGGGAAGAGGGGUGGUCUGCGCCCUCGCGGCUAGGACUGCCCCACCUGGGGGCGUGGGUCCCGAGCGCGCCGCCCCCCGCAGCGCAGUCCCCUGCCCGGCUCGCCGGCCGGGAGGCUGGUGGGCGGCGAGGAGUGAGGGCCCCUCGCCCCUCCGCGUGCCUCCGCAGGAGCCGGGUGUCCAGGCUCCCCGCGAUGGCCUCGGGCCGCCGCCGCACAGAGCCGCCGCGCGGACCCCGGGGCGUCCCUCCUUAGCGGGGCGCGGAUCCGCCUCGCCUCCGCCCGGGCCGGCGGGAUGGGGGGCGGCGGGUCGGCCCUGAGGGUCUGCGCGGACCACCGCGGGGGCAUCAACUGGCUGAGCCUGAGCCCCGACGGGCAGCGCCUGCUGACGGGCAGCGAGGACGGCACGGCCCGACUCUGGAGCACGGCGGACGGCCGGUGCUGCGCGCUCCUGCAAGGACACGAAAGCUACGUGACCUUCUGCCAGCUGGAGGACGAAGCUGCCUUCACGUGCAGCGCCGACUGCACCAUCAGGAGGUGGGACGUGCUGACCGGGCAGUGUCUGCAGGUGUACCGAGGACACACGUCCAUUGUGAACAGGAUCCUGGUUGUCAACAACCAGCUCUUCAGCAGCAGCUAUGACCGGACAGCUCGUGUCUGGAGCGUGGACAAGGGGCAGAUGUCCCAGGAGUUCCGGGGCCACCGCAACUGCGUGCUGACUCUAGCCUACUCUGCGCCCUGGGACCUCCCCGGUGCUCUCUGCUCAGAGGAGGCUGUGGCUGGGGGCCUCCUGGUGACUGGCAGCACCGAUGGCACAGCCAAGGUGUGGCAGGUGGCCAGUGGGUGCUGCCACCAGACGCUGAGGGGCCACACAGGUGCAGUGCUGUGCCUGGUCCUGGACACACCCGGCCACACGGCCUUCACAGGCAGCACCGAUGCCACCAUCCGCGCCUGGGACAUCCUAAGUGGGGAGCAGCUGCGGGUGUUCCGGGAGCACCAGGGCUCCGUCAUCUGUCUGGAGCUCGUGAACCGGCUCGUUUACUCGGGCAGUGCGGACAGGACCGCCAAGUGCUGGCUGGCAGACACGGGGGAGCACGUGUGCACGUUCGCGGCCCACAGACACAGCGUGAGCGCCCUCAAGUACCACGAGGGCACCUUGUUCACGGGCAGCGGGGACGCCUGCGCCCGCGCCUUCGACGCGCAGUCGGGACAGCUGCAGAGGGUGUUCCGGGGCCAUGCCUUCGUCAUCAACUGCCUGCAGGUGCACGGCCAGGUGCUCUACACCGCCUCGCACGACGGCGCGCUGCGCCUGUGGGACGUGCGCGGGCUCUCGGGCCCGCGCCCCGCGCCGCCCAAGCGCAGCCUCCCGCGCCUCUUCAGCAACAAGGUGGGCUGCGCCGCCGCGCCCCUGCCGCCGGCCUGA